AGUGUUACAGCAAAACAUCGAACAUCAGUCGGCUUUGACAGCUUGAAGUGAUCUUCUAACGUCUAAAAACACAGACCACGUUCAUAAUGAAAUCGCUGGUGGUGUUCGUUGCUGCGUUGGCGCUGGCGGCUGCCGCACCUAGCGGUGAGCCUGGCCUGAAGAAGAGGUCUGUUGGACAUGCUGUCGCCUACACUGUACCCACAUCCGUGCUUGCAACUCAGGUAGUCGAGCCCGUGGUGUACUCCAGUCCUUCCGUCUACGCUCCCGCUGCUACAGUAUACUCGACCGGGUCAGCCGUGUCUCACCAAUCAAGAGUGGACGUGCGCACUUCUCCUGCUGUGGUCGCCACCUCUCCUGCAGUGGUCUCCGCUUCUCCCGCCGUGGUUGCCGCGGCGCCCGCUGUGGUUGACGCUCGCACAGUGUACUCUGCGCCCCUAUACGCCGCUCCCGCCGCUGUCUCCCACCAGUCUCGCUACGAUGUGCGCAGCUCCCCGGCGCUCUUGACCGAGCAGGUGGUAGCUCCUGCCGUUUACAACCAACAUCUUGUGGCAGCGCCUGCUGUCGUCGACGCUCGCUCGCUCUGGACCCCAUCAGUCUACGCUACUUCUUGGUAAACAUUGUAACUACAUAAAAUAAAAAAAAUAUCGUUGAAUUUAUUUUAACCUUUUAAGUUUGGUUCUUAAUGGCUUAAAAUGGAUUCAUGAUUUUGUAAAUUUCAAAUCCAUACCUACCGUUUUAAAUAAAAUAUUUUACUUUCA